AUGACGAACCACUCGAACCACUCGCACUCCUCGCACCCCCACCACCAUGGCGGCGGUGGAGGCAGCUCCAGCGCGGGCAGCCUGUCGACGACCGAGACGCUCUCCCUGCUCGCCCUGUCGGCCGCCUGCGUCGCCGUGCUGCUCAACACCUUCCAGGACGACGGCGCGCCGCUCAGCGCCUCCAUCGCCCUCAGCGGCAUCGCCUUCGCCGCCAGCUACGCCAUGAUCCGCUGGCUCGGCCCCACCUUCCUGCGCGCCGACAUCAAGGGCGUCGACAUGAGCAAGCUGCACAGGCGCGAGAUCCCCGAGUGCAUGGGCGCCAUCUGCGCCGUCGUCUACCUGCUCGUCAUCAUGGUCUUCAUCCCCUUCCCCUUCUACAAGGACAUCGUCGCCGCCACCAGCGGCGGCGGCAACCGCGACGUCGUCCUGCAUGUCGAGCACGUCCAGCAGGGCCGCUUCCUGCACCGCUUCCCGCACAGCAAGCUCGCCUCGUACCUCUCGGCCAUCAUCGCCCUCCAGUCCAUCGCCCUCCUCGGCAUCGGCGACGACCUCUUCGACAUCCGCUGGCGCCACAAGUUCUUCAUCCCGGCCUUCGCCGCCAUCCCCCUGCUCGUCAUCUACUUUGUCGACUUUGGCGUCACCUCGAUCGUCAUCCCCAUCCCGCUGCAGCCCUACCUGGGCGAGCUCUUCGACCUCGGCGGCCUCUACUACCUCUACAUGACGGCCAUCGCCAUCUUCUCCCCCAACAGCAUCAACAUCCUCGCCGGCAUCAACGGCAUCGAGGUCUCCCAGUCCAUCGUCAUCGCCCUGCUCCUCGUCCUCAACGACUGCCUCUACCUCUUCACGCCCUACCCCCACCCGGCCACCGACUCCCACCUCUUCUCCCUCUACUUCCUCCUGCCCUUCCUCGGCGUCUCGUGCGCACUCCUCGCCCACAACUGGUACCCGGCCCGCGUCUUCGUCGGCGACACCUACUGCUACUUUGCCGGCAUGGUCUUCGUCGUCGUCUCCGUCCUCGGCCACUUCUCCAAGACGCUCAUCCUCCUGCUCCUGCCCCAGAUCUUCAACUUCCUCUACUCGGCCCCGCAGAUCUUCGGCCUCGUCCCUUGCCCGCGCCACCGCCUCCCGAAAUUCAACGCGCGGACGGGCCUCCUCGAGCCCUCGGUCACGCCCUGGACGCCCGAGCGCCAGCCCCGCCCGCCCGUCCGCUGGGCCCUCCUGCUGCUGCACCGCCUGCGCCUCGUGCGCGUCACGCUCGACAGAGAGACGGGCCUCUUCGCCGAGUCGACCAACCUGACCAUCCUGAACCUGUGGCUCGUCUGGCGCGGCCCCCUGCGCGAGGACCGCCUCGCGACCGAGAUCACCGCCGUGCAGCUCCUCGUCGGCCUCUUUGGCCUGUUUGUGCGCCACCGCCUCGCGCUGCUCGUCUUUAAGGAGGACAACUGGGGCGUCGCCGGAGGCUCGCCGCCGCCCUAG